AUGGAACAGACUGCCUUUAUGUACAGACACUUGACAGGUCACGACAAUGACAUUACAGCGUUAAGCUUCCAUCCGAUACAAAUUAAUAGACUGGUAUCGAGUAGCCUGGAUGGAAUGUUAGGAUUAUGGAAAAUAGAUAAACGGAGUGGUAAAAAAUUUAGAGCCCAUACAUCCGGUGUAUUAGACGCAUGCUAUUCACCAGAUGGUGAUCUUAUAGCUACUACAUCUACAGACCAUUUAAUCAGAAUUUGGGAUCCCAAAGAUCAUAUAAAUUUCACAGAAUACAAAGCUCAUCAUUCUGCCGUAAGAUCGGUACAAUUUAGUCCAAAGGGAGACAAGUUUGUUUCCGCGUCAAAUGAUAAAAAUGUAAUGCUUUGGAUACCAUGUCGUGGAAAAUACUUCAAGGAAUUUAAAGGACAUACGAGUUCGGUCAGAUGCGCUAAAUUUUCUCACGAUGGAAAACUUUUAGUAUCGUGUAGCGAUGACAAAACAGUAAAAGUAUGGGACAUUACCAGCGGACAAUGUGUCAAAACUUUCACUAAUAUAAGAGUUCCCGCUAGAUACGUAGAGUUUCAUCCAACUAGUACAAUUAUUGGAUCAGCAAACGAGGAUGGGUGUAUUAAAUUGUAUGAUCUAAAAACAAAUUCUUUGUAUGAGCAUUACUCUGUUCAUGACGCAGGUGUAAAUAUGGUCAAAUUCCAUCCAAAUGGAAACUUCAUGUUAACAGCGUCUGAUGAUUGUACAACGAAGGUACUUUUAAUUGAAACUCUGAUUUCAUACAAUUUGCUAAACACGCGGCCAAUUUAUUCUCUCAGGGAACAUUAUGCUAAGGUAACAUGUAUAGCAUUUUCAAAUGAUGGUAAGCUUUUUGCUUCUGGUUGCACGAAUCGACAAAUCCUAGUAUGGAAGUGUGAUGAUUUAUGUGUGGAUGGUCAAAGUAGAGAGAAUUCUAUACAGCAGGUAGUGCCUUCUACAACAGCAAAUAGGAACUUGAUAAUGCCGAGCUUUGAUAAUGCCGAACAAGAAUUUGACGGUGAAGAUAAAAAAUCAAGCAGUAACUAUUUAUCAACCACAUUCAAAAAAUUGCACUCAGAAUCAGACGACAGUAAAAGCAUUUUAUCAGCAAAAAUCGUGAAACAUAAAAACGUGAACAUAACGAACGUUGAUUCUUCUCAAGAAGAUUAUGCAAAAUAUAUGCCCAUGUUCCAAAAAAAAGAACAGCCCCACAGCUCGAAACAAUCCCAAACGGUCUUAAAAAAAUGUCAGACAUCGUUUAACACACGUUCAUCUAAUCAGUCUAUUGAAACACCAGCAGAUCCAGUUGUAAAGCAAAUACAAUCAUUACGUCAUAAUUAUGAUGUAUUAGAACAACGCUUGACAAUAUUAGAAAAGGAAUUUAAGAAACUAGAUCGUUAG